AUGUCCGCUCCCUCCCUCGCCUCCUAUAUCGUCAAGCGCCCAUGGCUCAACCGCUGGAUGAUGCCUCUGGCCCAGUGGUACACCGACGCCGCCGGCUACAGGAGACUCGGCUUGAGGGCCGAUGACCUGAUCCCCGAGGAGAGCGAGACCGUCCAGACGGCCCUCAAGCGUCUCCCCCCCAAGGAGGCCUACGACCGUGUCUUCCGUAUCCGCAGAGCAUUCCAGUGCUCCGUCUCCCACACCCUUCUCCCCGCUGCUGAGCAGACCAAGGCCUCCGAGGACGUCGAGUACCUCAGCCCCAUCAUCCGCGAGAUCGAGAAGGAGAAGCAGGAGCGUGUCGACCUCGACGCCCUCGUCGUCAAGCGGUAAAUGGCUUGUCGAAAGUGGUUGAUCGGUAUCCUUCAAAAUGCCGCUGGGGCUUAUAGAUGGGCGGGACAAGAUGAGACACACUUGCUGUCCGGCUUGGCGGUCAUGAUGCUGCGAUGAGCGCAUUUGGCUGGUCGUUUAAUUGAAGCUUUUGAUUUAUGCACUCAAUUAUGUGUACUGAUACUGUACAAAUUCACUCGUC